AUGGAUGAAAUAACCACUUAUAGACCGGCAAACGCGCCCACUGGACUCGAAGCGCAGGAAUCUAUUCAACUGCGUGCUGCGGACGACGAGUCUGGCUAUGAAGGCAUAGUCGUCCCAGCCAAUGCUCAACCCGCCAUGCGACCAGUUUCUCGGAAACGCCAGACUGUCAUCCUUUUCUGUGCUUUCUUCGAUGUCUUCAUCACCAUCGGGCUGAAUCAGGCCUACGGCGUCUUUCUCAACUACUAUCUGUCCAACGGGAGCAGUUCGAAGGAUCCGUUUCUCCCGCCAAGCGAGGUCUCAAGCAAAGCAAUGUUGGCCUUUGUGGGCACUCUGGCUGCUGGCUUGACCUGGGGUGGGAGCAUUGUGGUCAACCCGCUCAUGGCGAGAUCAAAGGAUCCAAGGUGGCUUACCGGUGCUGGGGCAGUGCUUAUUGGAACUGGCUACGUGCUUGCAAGCUUCUGUCACAAGGUAUGGCAGCUCCUUCUCACACAGGGCUUGAUCUACGGUAUCGGCACUUCUUUGAUGUACUUCCCCGUCCUGGCCGUGGCCCCAGAGUACUUUGACGCCCAUCGCGGCUCCGCCAUGGGCUUUAUUCUGUCAGGAGCCGGAGUAGGAGGCCUCGUCUACGCACCAGCAGCUCGUGCAUUACUCUCGAAGAUGGGUGCCGCCUGGACGUUACGCGUCUUUGGCCUGGUCAAUUUCGCCCUGUGCAUUCCCAUUGUGUUGGGAACGCCGCUCUCGCGGAGUCUCUCCAAGCGACCGACGCUGGUGGAUAUCAGGCUGGCAAAAAGGCCCACCUUCAUUCUCCAGGCGACAGCUGCAAUGGCUCAAGCGGCAGGGAAUCUGGUCCCGUUGACCUUUCUCCCCGAGUUUAGUACGAGGCUGGGAUACACAGCUGCCUUUGGCGCUGCGCUCCUUUCCAUCAAUAAUGCAGUCAACACGAUAAGUCGGAUUGCGAUGGGCUUCAUCGCCGAUGUUGCAGGCAGACAAAACACUCUGGUCCUCAGCGUCCUCGGGAGUGCCAUAACCGUCGUGGCAUUUUGGCUGUCCAGCGCCUAUGGGGACGAUAUGGGAUUAUGGGUUACCUUCGUGGUGACUUAUGGCGUCUUCGCUGGAGGAUACAACUCUCUCUUCCCUACCACGGUAAUCGAAGUGUUCGGUGCUCAGGCAUACGCAUCGGUCAACGGCUUCAUCUACUUCAUCCGCGGUCUAGGCGCCUUCUGGGGCUCCCCAGUCGGUGGCGCUUUGGUUGCUGAUGGCCAACAUCCGCAGGCAUUUGUCAGACUCAUAUGGUAUGAUUUCGGACUGUUGAUGCUGUCGAGUGUUUGCGUUAUUGCUGUUCGCGGGCUGGAUGCAUCGGAGAAAGGCAAGUUCAAAUUGAAGGCUUGA